GAUCAUAGAGGAUCAGGAGGGAGCAUCAGGACAGCCAAAGGCCGGUGCUCGUCUUCUAUUCCUCCAAGCUUUCUUCUUUAUAUUACUUAAUUUUACCGCGGCCUUUCUCUCGCCAACGUCUCUAACAAAAUCUCCCGCCGAUGCUGGCGUCUCUCUCCGUCCCAAAUCUUGACACCCAAAUCCGUCACUGCUUUCUUCCCUCAGCACUUCUUCCACCAUUCCCACUCAAAGGAACAGAUAGAAGAGCUGUUCGGAAGAGUUCCCACAAAAAUUUCCUCAAAAUCCCAUCCAAGAAUGCCUCCAUUACCUUCCAAAUUGAAGCAAUCCGUAGUCGUGAAUGCUCUGUUAAAGACCCACGUCCUAAUUCUUCCGAAUGCUUCCCGGUUUCUCAAUUGGAUCCCAAAACACUGUCUUCGCUCCUUACGUCGUGCUCUCAUCUGACAGAAGUUAAAUGUCUGCACGCGGUUGCGAUUAGGUUGUUUGAUAGCUCUGUAACUUUUGUGAUCAAUAAUCUGAUCAGUGCCUAUGUGAGGUUCCACGAGUUGCUUCAUGCGAGGAAGUUGUUUGAUAGAAUGCCCGAGCGAAAUGUUGUUUCUUGGACGGCGAUGCUUAAUGGGUAUCUCAAAGCAGGUCUAGAGGAUGAAGUUCUGAGACUGUUCGAGGGGAUGGUUGAGGACAAUGUCGAGGCUAACAGCUUGACAUUUGUGUGUCUAUUGAAGUCGUGCGGUAAUAGAAUGGAUUAUGAGCUUGGGACGCAAAUUCAUGCUGGUGUUGUAAAAGGAAAUUGGAGCAAUUUGAUAGUGGAUAGUGCUCUCGUGUACUUCUAUGCCCAAUGUGGCGACCUUCUUGGUGCAUCUAGAAUGUUUGAUAGGAUGCCUAAGCGGGAUGUCAUUAGUUGGACUUCGAUGAUCACAGCUUAUGCACAGCAUGGGCAUGGAGAAGAGGCAUUUUCGAUGUUCUCGCAGAUGCAGUACAAUGGGUUUCGCCCAAAUGAAUUCACCGUUUGUAGUGUUCUGAAGGCUUGUGGGGAAGUGAAAGCUUUGAGAUUUGGGAAGCAGCUGCAUGGUGCUAUACUCAAAAGAAUGUUCAAAGAAGACGUAUAUGUGGGAAGUUCCCUAGUGACUAUGUAUGUAAGAUGCAGUGAGGUCAAGGAUGCUCGGAUAGUCUUUGAUUCGAUGCCCAAGAGAAAUACAAUUACAUGGACCUCCAUGAUUUCAGGUUACUCUCAAAGGGGUCUCGGAAAGAAGGCCAUUUUGUUGUUCCAAAGAAUGAAGGAGCGCCGUGUAUUUGCUAAUAAUAUGACCAUUGUUAGUGUUCUUAGUGCUUGUGGUUCUAUUGGAUCUUUAUACCUCGGAAAAGAAGUUCAUGGACAGAUACUAAAAUGUUAUAUUCGGGAAAAUGUUCAUAUUGGGAGCACGCUCAUUUGGUUCUACUGUAAAUGUGGAGAGUAUGCUUAUGCUGCAAGAGUUCUAGGAACUAUGCCUGCAAGAGAUGUCAUCUCAUGGACUGCUAUAAUUUCAGGCUAUAGCAGCCUUGAGCACGGAUCGGAGGCACUUGGAUUCUUGAAUGAUAUGUUAUGUGAAGGUUUGGAGCCAAAUCCAUUCACUUAUUCUUCAGCUCUGAAAGCUUGCGCUAAGAUAGAAGCUAUGAGGCAUGGACAAUUGAUUCAUGCUUCUGUAAAUAAGACCAGAGCUCUUUCAAAUGUUUUUGUUGGCAGUGCACUCAUUGAUAUGUACAUGAGGUGUGGCGGCACUGCAGAUGCACUAAGAGUUUUUGAUACCAUGCCAGAACGCAACUUGGUUUCUUGGAAAUCAAUGAUCAUAGGAUAUGCAAAAAAUGGGCUCUGCAGAGAGGCUUUAAAGCUCAUGUAUCGAAUGCAGGAAGAAGGAUUAUAUGUCGAUGACUUUGUUCAUGCAACUGUUCUCAGUGUAUGUGGAGAUAUCCAGUGGGAAUCAGAGUGUUCUGCCCCAUGCUGUUCUCUGUCAAGUUGAUUGCAGUCAAGAAUGUUGAUGUUGGGCAAUGGUGAACCCAAUGAUGGACUCAUUCUAAAAGCCAGUGAGGCACUGUUACUUAUGUUCUCUAGUAUGACAGUUCAUUUGCAGGAUUAAAGAACAAUCCAAGACACAGACACAGAUUGUCAGCAACAAAACAGCAUGGGGACAGAUUGUCAGCACAGAAAGCAUUCAACAUCUUCUGAAGAGGUAUGCUGGCUGGUUGGUUGCUCAAGCAGGGGCAAAGAAGGGAUUGAAAUGCCGUGUAUCAUGGUAGAGGUUGUAACUAACCCAGUAAGCUGGUUUUAUCACAAAAAUAAAUAUGCCAAGAGCAAUUAAAUUUUAAAUCUGAACAUGUCCAAAAUUAAAGAUAGAGAAUGGAAAUUAUCGCAUUCUUCAUGGUUUUAUCAACAUCAUGAUAAAGCUCUUGCUUCUUUUUUUUUUGAGGGUCAUGAAAAAGCUAUUUCAAUGCCUAUCCUUGGUUAGUUAGGUAGGACUCUUCGAGGAUGGAAUAACACCUAAAAUCAUGUAGAUGCACUCAUAUUGCUGUACAUGACUGCUCUUCUUCAUGCACAGUUUCCUCUGAAGAUUUCUUUAAGACUUUCCUUGCAAUAUUAAAUUUACCCCCAAGCCAAUCAGGUGAUGCUUGAGAAACUCAUGCUGAAUUUCUGUUCCUGAUUUGCAAUAUUUUUUUUAAGAGAAAUUUGCAUCACGUUUCUUAUUUGCUCUAUUAUUUGUUCAUUUUGUUCUUUCAAAAUAGCAGUUAUUUCCAAUUUCUUCAAAACAAAGCACCUAUGUCCAGGCCAGUAGUUUAUCUCUCUCUCUCUCUCUAUGAAGAACUCCGUGCUCAGCUGAUUCAGGGUCCCAAAGAGCAUGGAGACAUAAUUUCUUUCUAGCUUUCAGUAAUUUGAGUGAUACUGGUGUUCUAAACAUCGGCAACAGCUGUAAACCAUUGCAGCUGAUCAUGGCUAUUGACACUCGGAAAAUUUGAAGAUGAUCUUGAGAUGGUUUCCAAAACUUGGGAAGAGUCCCUCUGUAAAUCUUCCAGGAUGAGUGGGAGAUUGUUACCGAGGUUAAGGGCUAUAGUUGAUCAGACCCAUUUGCUAAUUGGAAUUAUAGAAGGGAGACACUUUUCACUUCUUAAACUGUGUAGCUGAGUUUUAAGUUAAAUUUAAUAUGCCUUGCAUCCUUGGAAUUACCACAUCCCACACGGCCAUGUGUGUGGUCACACAAGAAGUGCUGGAGCAAGACAGCUGAUUAAUUCAGAACUUGCCUGAGUCUUUCCUCUCUAUAUAUACAUUUAGCAACCACAAACUUCUUCACUGCAAACAAAGAAUGGCAAUGGAGAAGCCCAAAUCGGUGGCAGUGCUGAUCCUUAUGCUCGCUGUCUCGACCAUUGCCUGUCCGAGAAGCGAUGACGAUGUGCAGGUUGCUGCACCAGAGAUUUGCCACAGCCGGUGCUACCACGGACAGAGCCUGUGCAUCGUCAAGCUGUGCACUUAGAUCGAUGCAGUUGAAGAGUAUAUCCAGUGUCACCAAACUUGUGAUCAAGCCAGCGUAUUGUGUCAUGGAGCCUGCAACUAUCCUGGCGGUGAUGAUGGCUCAGGUGGUGACCAAGCUGAGCCUCCUGCAUCGAGCAUGGGAGUGCCACGGGCCUAAGUGGUUCUCCAACUUGCUAACGUAUCCUCUAUUUAUAUAAUGUGAAAGCUUAGGACUGUGUCCACCCACAAUGCAGACAAUAAGAAACACAUUUUAUAUUCAUUCUAUUGUUGUCCUUCAUAUGAACAAAUUGAGCAACAAUGUAAGGCUUCAAGAUCUAAUAAAUGAUAAUGUUAUUAGGCCUCAAGAUUGUUCUUUAACACCCCACCCCCCUCAUGGCUACAAUGGAGGAAGUUAUUUUCAGUUAUGUAUUUUUAAUGUGUUUGGAGGCUAUAUUUUUUAACAAGUCCAUUAUCAAGAG